UGGCUCUGGCUGUGAUAUUGUUAUUCUGGCAGAUGACUUUGAAUGUGUGCAGAUUAUUCCUGGUGCUAAGCAUGGAAACAUCCAAGUCAGCUGUGUGGAGUGCUCCCAACAACAAGGCAGGAUUGCAGCAUCAUAUGGAAAUGCUGUUUGUAUUUUUGAGCCCCUUGGUAUAAAUUCUCACAAGAGAAAUUGUCAACUAAAGUGUCAGUGGCUUAAAACGGGGCAAUUUUUUCUCAGUUCUAUGACUUACAACUUAGCAUGGGAUCCUCAAGGCAACAGGCUCCUGACAGCAACUGAGUAUUUGCAGUUGUGGGCCCCUCCAUCCAGUGACAUCCUAGAGGAGGAGGAAGAGGAAGAAGAUGAUGUUCCCGACAGUCAGAUCAAAGAAGAUAAAGUUCUCCCUGUCCUAAAUGACUGGAAAUGUAUUUGGCAGUGCAAGACAGCAGUAUCUGUACAUCUCAUGGCAUGGUCCCCUGAUGGAGAAUACUUUGCAACAGCUGGAAAGGAUGAUUGUCUGUUAAAGGUUUGGUAUCCCAUGACUGGUUGGAAGUCAUCUCUUCUAGCACAAGAAAGAGAAGAAAAGAAAAAAAGUUCAGCACUUGUCCACUUUUCAUUUGUUUAUUUGGCACAUCCUCGAGCUGUGACAGGAUUUUCAUGGCGUAAUACUAGCAAGUAUAUGCCCAGGGGGUCUGUCUGUAAUGUGUUACUUACUUCAUGCCAUGAUGGCAUAUGUCGGCUCUGGGCAGAGACUUUGUUGCCAGAAGAUAGUCUUCUGGGUGAGCAGAUCUGUGAAACUACCACUUCUAGCAUCAGCAGCAGCAGCCUUUCUCAAUCUGGAAGGCAAAAAGACAGGAUUCAGCAUGCUCUAGAGACAAUUCACCACUUGAAAAACAUGAGAAAGGGACAAAGAAGGUCUUCAGUCCUUGUUACCCACACAGAAUUAUUACCUGAUCAGCAAGGCACACAUGAAGUUCAGCGUCACAUUUCACAUCAUGCUAAUGCACUCUGUCACUUUCAUAUAGCAGCAAGCAUCAACCCUAACACAGAUAUUCCAUCAGUCUUGGCUGGAACAGCUUUUAAUUUAGAUGAAGGAAAUGGAGGCUUUGUGGUUCACUGGCUGAAUAAUAAAGAAUUCCACUUCACAUCCUCGAUUGAAGUAUUUAUGCAACAUCUAAGAAAACUUUCGGAACAACAACUGGAAGAAAAUAUUGAUGAUGAAGAGGAAGAGGAAAUGGAAGAAAAAGAGAGAGGUUUACAUAUGAAACUAGAUCAUGAAAUAUCUAUAGAUAGAGAAUCGGAGACAGGUACUGGUACAGGCUCUUCAGAACAUGAAGAAGGAGAAAGAGAGGGGAGCCCCAAAACCUCUUCUUUAGCCGGCCCACGUAUGCCACUUCCAACAGUUUUGUUAGAUCGGAAAAUCGAAAUGCUUCUUACUGAGUGGAACAGGAAUCCAGAUAUGCUUUUUACUAUCCACCCUAUUGAUGGUACCUUUUUAGUGUGGCAUGUAAAAUAUUUGGAUGAAUACAAUCCAGGCAUUUUCAGACAAGUUCAGGUUUCAUUUUCUUCUCGGAUUCCUGUUGCAUUUCCAUCGGGAGAUGCUAGUUCCCUCAGUAAAAACAUCAUGAUGUAUGCUUGUCCUACCACUGCAAAAGAUAUCAGUAAUACUGUGCAUCAGAAAACAAUGAGCAUUCCAAAUAAGACUUCAGAAGUUAAUGAACCAAGUUCUGCUCAGGAUCCCACAAAUGUGAAUAUAAUUUCUCCUAGAGUAAUGAUGGUUUCCAAACAUAUAGAUGGAUCCCUAAACCAGUGGGCAGUUACUUUUGCCGACAAAUCUGCUUUUACCACCGUGCUUACUGUAUCUCAUAAAUUUAGAUACUGUGGUCACCGAUUUCAUCUCAAUGACCUGGCUUGCCAUUCUGUCUUACCACUGCUGCUAACAUCUUCUCAUCACAAUGCACUUUUAACUCCUGAAUUAGACCAUUCGUGGGACUCGGCUAAAUUAAGCAAAAUAAUGGAUCCUGUUAAGCAUUUGAAGGGUUCUUCUAGGCAGCAACUUAGAAAUGCAGCAACACGUACAUUCCAUGAUCCAAAUGCAAUAUAUAGCGAGCUGAUUUUAUGGCGUGUAGACCCCAUAGGACCUUUGUCGUACACUGGAGGAGUAUCUGAAUUGGCUCGAAUUAACUCACUUCAUACCUCAGCCUUCUCUAAUGUGGCCUGGCUUCCAACUCUUAUUCCUAGCUAUUGUCUUGGUACAUACUGCAAUUCUGCUAGUGCUUGUUUUGUAGCAUCAGAUGGCAAAAACCUGAGGCUUUAUCAAGCUGUAGUGGAUGCACGAAAACUUCUAGAUGAACUGUCUGACCCUGAAUCCUCAAAACUGAUUGGAGAAGUAUUUAACAUUGUGAGCCAACAAUCUACUGCGCGACCAGGAUGCAUUAUUGAACUUGAUGCAAUAACUAACCAAUGUGGCUCAAACACACAAUUGCUUCAUGUCUUUCAAGAAGAUUUCAUUUUGGGAUACAAGCCACAUAAGGAAGAUGGGGAAGGAAAGGAAACAGAGAUAUUUUUCCAACCGUCUCAAGGGUAUCGUCCACCACCAUUCUCAGAAAAGUUUUAUCUAGUAGUAAUUGAAAAAGACAGCAGUGGCUGCUCAGUUCUUCAUAUGUGGCAUCUCCAUCUUAAAUCUGUGCAAGCUUGUAUAGCAAAAACCACUGAAGUUACUUCAUCAGAGAAUCAACUUACUGUACCUGAACAAAAGACUGGAGACUCUUCUCCAGAUACCUCACCUGGCACAAGUCCCAUGACGCGAUCCUCAUCGGUUGCUAACCUGCAGACUGCCAGUAAACUCAUUCUGAGCUCUAAACUUGUCUACAGCCAACCACUAGAUCUUCCAUUUGGUGUAGAAGUAAUACGAGCAACCCCUUCAGCAGGCCACCUGAGCUCUUCAUCAAUAUACCCAGUCUGCCUCGCACCAUAUUUGGUAGUAACUUCGUGUUCAGACAACAAAGUGCGGUUCUGGAGAUGCAAUGUAGAGAUGGAUCUAUAUAGUAAAGAUGAAAUGAGGGAGACGUAUCAUUGGAGAAAAUGGCCUUUAAUGAAUGACGAAGGAGAAGACAACAGCAGUACAGUGUGCAUAAUAGGAAGGCCAGUUGCUGUUAGCUGUUCUUAUACAGGACGCCUUGCUGUGGCAUACAAACAGCCUAUACAGCAUAACGGCUUUGUUUCCAAAGAAUUUUCUAUGCAUGUUUGUAUACUUGAAUGUGAGUCUACAGGAGGAUCUGAAUGGGUUUUGGAACAGACAAUUCAUCUGGAUGAUUUAGUUAAGGUUGGGAAUGUACUUGAUUCAAGAGUCAGUGUAGAUAGUAAUUUAUUUGUAUACAGUAAAUCAGAUGCCUUUUUGAACAAGGACAAAUAUCUUAUGCCCAAUAUCAAGCAUUUGGUACAUUUGGACUGGGUAUCAAAAGAAGAUGGUUCACAUAUACUUACAGUUGGGGUGGGUGCCAACAUAUUCAUGUAUGGGAGACUUUCAGGAAUUGUAACAGAACAAGUGAGCAGUAAAGAGGGAGUAGCCAUUAUUACUUUACCACUAGGUGGUAGCAUAAAACUAGGUAUAAAGUCCAAGUGGGUACUGCUGAGAUCAAUUGACUUGGUGUCCUCUGUAGAUGGCACUCCUUCACUGCCAGUUUCCCUCUCUUGGGUAAGAGAUGGUAUACUGGUAGUGGGAAUGGACUGUGAAAUGCAUGUAUAUGCACAGUGGAAACAUGCUGUCAAAUUUGGUGAUGGUGAAGGUGAUGCUUUUACCACUGAAGACUCAGCAAAUCAAGAUCCAUUUAAAACAAGCUUGAUAGUAAAUAAGUCCCGUGUAAUUGAUGGGGCAGGUAUUGUUGAUGAUAUUUUUGGCACUCCAACUGUAAUUCAGGAUGGUGGCCUUUUUGAAGCUGCGCAUGUCCUUUCCCCUACUCUCCCGCAGUAUCACCCAACCCAGCUAUUAGAACUGAUGGAUUUGGGUAAAGUUCGACGAGCCAAAGCCAUACUGUCCCAUUUAGUUAAAUGUAUUGCAGGAGAAGUUGCAAUAGUUAAAGAUGCAGAAGCUGGGGAAGGUGGUGGACCUAAACGUCAUCUCUCCCGAACCAUUAGUGUAAGUGGUAGUACUGCAAAAGACACAAUUACAGCUGGAAAAGAUGGUACCCGAGACUAUACAGAGAUAGAUUCUAUUCCCCCAUUGCCAUUGUACGCACUGCUUGCUGCAGAUCAAGAUACCACAUACAAAAUUUCUGAAGAAACUUCUAAAGUAACUCCAGGCUCUGAAGAUAUCACUAACAGAAAACCAGGGGAUCAAUACUCAGAUCUGUUCCAGACGCAGUCUGUCACAACCGAUGACUUUAUUGAUUUUGAGCCUGAAAAGAGAGAGAGUAAAUCCAAAGUAAUUAAUCUCUCUCAAUAUGGGCCAACUUACUUUGGCCGAGAACAUGCUAGCGUCCUCUCAAGUCAUCUAAUGCACUCAAGCUUGCCAGGCCUCACCCGUCUGGAGCAGAUGUUCCUUGUAGCUUUGGCCGACACUGUGGCUACAACAAGCACUGAACUUGAUGAGAACAGAGAUAAGACUUACUCAGGAAGAGACACAUUAGAUGAAUGUGGCUUGCGUUAUUUGUUGGCUAUGCGUUUACAUACGUGCCUCCUUACAUCACUCCCACCUUUAUAUCGUGUUCAGCUGCUUCACCAAGGCUUAUCCACUUGUCAUUUUGCCUGGGCUUUUCAUUCAGAAGCUGAGGAGGAGUUGAUCAACAUAAUUCCUGCUAUUCAGAGAGGAGACCCACAGUGGUCUGAACUAAGAGCUAUGGGUAUAGGAUGGUGGGUCAGGAAUAUUAAUACACUCAGAAGAUGCAUUGAGAAGGUUGCAAAAGCUUCAUUCCAGAGGAAUAAUGAUGCCUUGGAUGCUGCACUUUUUUACCUUGCCAUGAAAAAAAAAGCAGUGGUAUGGGGUCUGUUUAGGUCUCAGCAUGAUGAAAAGAUGACCACGUUUUUCAGCCACAAUUUCAGUGAAGAUAGAUGGCGCAAAGCAGCUUUGAAAAAUGCAUUUGCAUUGUUGGGAAAACAACGCUUUGAACAGUCUGCUGCAUUUUUCUUAUUAGCAGGUUCACUGAAAGAUGCUAUUGAGGUGUGCCUUGAAAAAAUGGAAGACAUUCAGCUGGCGAUGGUUAUUGCUCGUUUAUAUGAAUCAGAAUUUGAGACCUCUUUCACUUACACAUCCAUUCUUUAUGAAAAGAUUUUGGGGUGUCAGAAAGAUGGAACUGGAUUCAGCUGUCCUAAAUUGCAUCCUGAUCCCUUUCUGAGAAGUAUCGCAUAUUGGAUAAUGAAAGAUUACACUAGAGCACUGGACACUCUAUUGGAACACACACCUAAGGAAGAUGAUGAAAAUCCAGUUAUUAUCAAGUCAUGCAAUCCUGUGGUGUUCAGUUUCUACAACUAUCUUCGGACCCAUCCUCUGCUCAUCCGAAGAUAUUUUAGCUCACCUGAAGGAACUCUAGCUACAUUAGGUCUAAAAACUGAGAAAAGUUUUGUUGAUAAGAUUAAUCUUAUAGAGAGAAAAUUAUUCUUCACUACUGCAAAUGCACAUUUUAAAGUUGGAUGUCCUGUUUUAGCUCUUGAAGUUCUUUCCAAAAUUUCAAAGGUAAGAAUAAAGCUCAUCAUUUCUACAAUGAAAGAUAAAUCCAGUCCAAGUCCUACCAGAAAAAAUGGGGUGGCAGAGGCCAGGAGUGAUGUUGCUAAAAGUAGUGAUAUAGCCUGGUCAAAGCCAAUUUCAGCAUCAUCUGCUUUGGAGAGUAGUACUGACCCUUCAGCACAAUUUGACUGGAGUCAGCCAGCAUUAAAACUGGAUAAUGAGCCUCUUACUCUUGAUUGGGGAGGAGACGAGGAUUAUUCAGAGGAAGAAGAAUGUGAUGAUGGUUUACUAAUGAAAGGUUCAAAAUUGAAAUCUGAAAAUGGAAAAGAUGAGAAAAGUUCAGAAACUAAUAUACUACAGACACCUCAAGAGGAGGACUCUGAAACAGGCAACAGUGAGGUUGAUGUCAUUGCUGAACAGCUGAAGUUCAGAGCCUGUUUGAAGAUCCUAAUGACUGAACUUAGGACUUUGGCUACUGGUUAUGAAGUAGAUGGCGGGAAGCUCAGAUUUCAACUGUACAAUUGGCUUGAAAAAGAAAUUGCUGCUAUGCAUGAAAUAUGUAACCAUGAAGCAGGUGGCAAAGACUACUGUAAAACAUAUACCAGAGUUGAUAGCGACCUACUUGAUCACGAAGACGUUGUAGAUAAACCAGAUAUCGGUUCAUAUGAGCGGCACCAGAUAGAAAGACGGAGGUUGCAGGCAAAAAGGGAGCAUGCUGAAAGACGGAAGUGGUGGCUGCAAAAGAAUCAAGCGCUUCUCAGAGUUUUUCUAAGUUACUGUAGCCUUCAUGGGGCACAAGGUGGUGGCCUUGCUUCUGUAAGAAUGGAGCUAAAAUUUUUGCUGCAAGAGUCCCAACAGGAAACAACAGUAAAGCAGCUCCAGUCACCACUUCCAUUACCAACAACACUACCACUCCUUUCAGCAAGCAUUGCUUCAACCAAAACUGUGAUAGCCAAUCCCGUGCUGUACUUAAAUAAUCACAUCCAUGACAUUCUUUACACUAUUGUGCAGAUGAAAUCUCCACCACAUCCUAAUGUUGAAGAUGUGAAGGUGUAUACACUUCAUUCAUUAGCGGCUUCACUUUCUGCCUCUAUUUAUCAAGCACUGUGCGACAGUCAUAGUUACAGCAGUCAAGCAGAGACCAAUCAGUUUACAGGAAUGGUUUAUCAAGGGCUGCUUUUGAGUGAUCGACGCAGGCUGAGGACAGAAAGCAUUGAAGAGCAUGCAACUCCGAAUUCAUCUCCUGCUCAGUGGCCUGGUGUGAGCUCACUUAUAAAUCUCUUAAGCUCAGCCCAGGAUGAGGACCAACCAAAGCUCAACAUCUUACUUUGUGAAGCUGUUGUAGCUGUUUAUUUAAGUCUCCUAAUACAUGCCCUUGCUACUAAUUCUUGCAAUGAACUAUUUCGACUAGCAGCCCAUCCCCUAAACAGUCGAAUGUGGGCUGCUGUCUUUGGAGGAGGAGUGAAACUUGUUGUGAAACCUCGAAGACAAUCAGAAAAUAUUCCAGCACCUCCAGUUCCUUCGGAAGAAAUGGAUAAGCAUCGUCGUCGAUUUAAUAUGAGGAUGCUAGUGCCAGGAAGACCAGUAAAAGAUAGCAUUGUACCUCCGCCUGUGCCGGUAGAAAGACCAUCUUACAAAGAAAAAUUCAUUCCUCCAGAACUCAGUAUGUGGGACUAUUUUAUGGCAAAGCCAUUUCUUCCUUUAUCAGACAGUGGUUUUAUAUAUGAUUCAGAUGAAAGCAUUCAUAGUGAGGAAGAAGAUGAAGAUGCUUUCCUUUCUGAUGCACAGAUCCAGGAACACAAAGAUGCUGAUGCUUAUAGCUGGGCUCUCUUACAUUUGGCAAUGGUAAAACUAGCUCUGCACAACAUUAAGUCCUUUUUCCCCGUUGUUGGUUUGGAAUUCUCUGAUCUGCCUGUUACAUCGCCAUUGGGUAUUGCUGUAAUUAAAAAUUUGGAAAACUGGGAACAGUUGCUUCAGGAGAGAAUGGAUCAGUUUGAAGGCCCACCACCAAACUACAUCAAUACCUAUCCCACUGACCUUGCUGUAGGAGCUGGACCAGCUAUACUGCGCAACAAAGCAAUGCUUGAGCCUGAAAACACACCAUUCAAAUCAAAAGAUUAUUCAGCGCUUCCAGCUAAGAGAUUAUGGCAUUUUCUUGUGAAACAAGAGCUUCUUCAAGACACCUUCAUUAGAUAUAUAUUCACUAAGAAAAGAAAGCAAAGUGAGUCUGUAGAAGAUCGUGCGGAGCAGGUCAAACAAAACUGCGUAGCAGAAGAUGACAAAAGCAAGGUUGAAGCAGAUCUCGGCUACCCAGGGGGGAAAGCAAAAAUCAUUCACAAAGAGUCUGAUAUGAUAAUGGCAUUUGCUGUAAAUAAGGCAAACAACAAUGAAAUUGUUUUAGCGUCCACACAUGAUGUGCAAGAGCUUGAUAUUUCAGCUCUAUUGGCUGCUCAGUCAUUUAUAUGGAUUGGGGAGGAAUACGACAGAGAAUCCAAGAGUUCAGAUGACAUUGACUUCCGUGGGUCUACCACAACACUCACUCAAUCUACUGCACCAUCUUUUGGAGUGAGUCAGAUUCAGUCAUCUUCCUCUAUGCCCUGGUUAGGCAGUGGACAAACAAGCACUGGAGCUGGUGUACUCAUUAAAAGAAAUCUGAAUAAUGUUAAGAGAAUGGCUUCACAUCCAGUCCAUCAAUAUUAUCUUACAGGAGCCCAAGAUGGCAGUGUUCGAAUGUUUGAGUGGACAAGACCACAGCAACUGGUGUGCUUUCGGCAAGCUGGCAAUGCAAGGGUUACUAGAAUGUAUUUCAAUUCCCAAGGCAACAAGUGCGGUGUUGCUGAUGGAGAAGGGUUUUUAAGUGUGUGGCAAGUAAACCAAACUGCAUCGAAUCCUAAGCCCUAUCUGAGCUGGCAGUGCCACAGUAAAACCACCAGUGACUUCGCAUUCAUAACAUCUUCAAGUCUAGUAGCUACAUCUGGACAGUCCAAUGAUAACAGAAAUGUGUGCUUAUGGGACACUUUGGUAUCACCUGGUAACAGUCUCAUACACGCGUUCACUUGUCAUGAUCAUGGUGCCACAGUACUUCAGUAUGCACCAAAACAGCAACUAUUGAUUUCUGGAGGUAGGAAGGGAUACAUCUGCAUUUUUGACAUCAGACAGAGACAAAUCCUUCAUACGUUCCAAGCCCAUGAAUCAGCUGUUAAAGCCCUUGCCCUGGACCCUUCUGAAGAAUACUUUGCUACAGGCUCAGCGGAAGGUAACAUGAAGGUAUGGAGACUAACAGGCUAUGGUCUAAUUCAUUCAUUUAAAAACGAACAUGCCAAACAGUCCAUCUUCAGAAAUAUCGGAGCUGGAGUCAUGCAGAUUGAAACAGUUCAAGGCAAUCGCAUCUUCUCCUGUGGAGCGGAUGGCACAUUGAAAAUGAGGGUUCUACCUAAUGCUUUCAACAUCCCCAUAGGCAUUUUUGACCUUCUGUAGAUUUAUGUGAGCUACUCCUAUUUUUACAUGAAGUUCUGUUAAAUAGCUGAAUGUGCAUUAAGGAAAUGCACACAACUAGCUAUUUAUGCAUUAAGGAAUGGAAUUACCAUAUGUUACUUUCAAAGCAAUUAUUGCAGCAUUGAAUACUAUGUGAAACACAGACAAUGACUUGUAAAACAGAUGUAUUAUUUUGAGCAUUGCCUACAUGGAUCAAUGGGAUGGAAAUGCAUGUACUGUAUUGUACAAACAAAAUAAAACCCAUUGUAGUCAUAGGUGGGUUAUUGCUCAGUAACCUACAGCAGGACUCAUUUAGCAAACGUACUGUAAAGAUGCUAAAAGUUGUCAGUCAGGUACAAGCACUGUGGCUCAAAGUCAGUAAAUAGUUUUUAAUGUGAUUCAGGUUUUAUUUUUCUUCCAGUUCUUGCCACUAAUUGAAGCAUGUCUACAACUUCUCAUUCUAAACAUAGUUUGGUUUUAAUGAAGUAUAAUCUGAGUAUAUGAAGGAAGGAAAGUGUAAUGGAUGCAAAAGCUGUGGAACAGUGUGCAAUGAAGAAUGUACUAUGAGACAUGUAUUAUUUCAUGUUGAUGUUUUCCCAGUAAGUAUUAAUAUGCAGUUGACACUGUAACUUGCACAUAAACACAUUUUUAAAUUUAAGGUUUUUUAUUUUGCACAUUGCUUUUUCUUUCUUCUGACAGCUGUGUUUUAUAUUUUGAGGCCUGCCUUUACAUUAGCAAUGCGAUGUGAACAUUAAAUGUUUGUAGUGAAGAGAAACACAUUUGUAGUUGCUUUUAGUUUUGAAACUCUUGUCUGUUCAGAAAACAUUUUUAAAAGACUUCUUUAAAUGAAGCUAUUUAAGAGAAAACCAAUAGAACACCCAGUGCCACAGUUCAGAUGAAUGUUAGGCUUCAUGUGGCCAGCUAGUAAAUAGUUGAUAAAAACUGGUAAUCAAAAUUAUUACCACAAUGUAUUGUAUAAACUAUGCAGAGUUCAAUAUUGUUUGCUUGUAAUAUACUAGCCACUGUUGUCAUACUUAGAUGUAUUUUUCCCUGUUGUAAACAAAAACCGUGCUCUUAAGAUACUAGAACAGAUGUCUGUGUAUUUAAAUGUUACAUCGUCUUACUAUUUCAAUGAGAAAUUUGGUGUCUGUGCUGUAUUGUAAAAUAUAAUGGGAUAAAAUGCACCUUUCUCCAGAGGUGAUUUUAAUUGCAGGAUGUGCAGUAUGUAUAUGAAGGAAAAGUAAAUGUCAUUUGUUAGUUUUACCUUUGUAAGUUAAAUAAAUUUCUUUUAUUUCAUGGA